CAGGAAGCUUCGCACGCACACAGGCACAGGCUGCCUGGCAGAGCGUAACACAUAAGGCUUGCUGACGGGACAACUCAGAGGAGAAACUCUUGGAAGGAAAGUGGCCAUGGACCUGAUCCCAAGCUUUUCCACAGGAACCUGGGUUCUUCUGGCGGCCAGCCUGGUGCUCCUCUAUCUAUAUGGGACCUCUACACACGGGCUUUUUAAGAAACUGGGAAUCCCUGGGCCGACACCCCUACCUUUUAUGGGAACUGUUCUGGGCUACCGCAAGGGUUUUGGGACUUUUGACAUGGACUGUUUUAAAAAGUAUGGAAACAUGUGGGGGUUCUAUGAUGGUCGGCAGCCUGUGUUGGCAAUCACUGAUCUAGAUGUGAUCAAAACAGUCCUAGUAAAAGAAUGUUAUUCUGUCUUCACAAAUCGGCGGAGGGAGUCCACCAGCAGUCGCAGCAGCAAGGUGAUGGGGGACGGGGCCAGCCGCUCACUGGCUGUGCCAUCCCCUGAUUGGCCUGCCCACUUUUUUGGGGCCUACAGUAUGGAUGUGAUUACUGGCACAUCAUUUGGAGUGAACAUUGAUUCCCUGAACAACCCACAAGAUCCCUUUGUGGAAAAUAUCAAGAAGCUCUUAAAAUUUAGUUUCUUCGAUCCAUACGUUCUCUGCAUAACACUCUUCCCAUUCCUUGGCCCAGUUUUUGAAGCAUUUAAUAUUACUCUGUUUCCAAGAAGUGUGACUGAGUUUUUCAAAAAAUCUGUAAAAAGAAUGAAAGAAAACCGCCUCCAAGAUAAACAAAAGCACCGAGUGGAUUUUCUUCAGCUGAUGAUUAACUCUCAGAAUUCCAAAGAAACAGACUCCCAUAAAGCUAUGACCGAUCUGGAGCUUGUCGCCCAAUCUAUUAUCUUUAUUUUUGCUGGCUAUGAAACCACUAGUACUUCCCUUUCCUUCUUUAUGUAUCUUAUGGCCAUUCACCCUGAUGUGCAGCAGAAACUGCAAGAGGAGAUCGAGGUAACAUUUCCCAAUAAGGCAACUCCCACCUAUGAUGCCCUGGCACAGAUGGAGUAUCUUGACAUGGUGAUGAAUGAAUCCCUCAGACUAUUCCCAAUUGCUGGUAGAAUUGAGCGGGUCUGUAAGAAGGAUGUGGAAAUCAAUGGGGUGUUCAUUCCCAAAGGGACAGUGGUGAUGGUGCCAAAUUUUAUUCUUCACCGAGACUCUACGUACUGGCCAGACCCUGAGGAGUUCCGUCCUGAAAGGUUCAAUAAGAAGAACCAGGACAGUAUAAAUCCUUACACAUACAUGCCCUUUGGAAGUGGACCCCGAAACUGCAUUGGCAUGAGGUUUGCUAUCAUGAACAUGAAACUUGCUAUCGUCAGACUUCUGCAGAACUUCUCCUUCAAACCUUGCAAAGAAACACAGGUCAGAUACUUAACAUGUUACCACUCUGUCAAAAUAAUGCUUUAUUGGGAAAUUUGUAAAAACUGAUGGGUGUGUGUGUGU